UCCUCUGUUAGAGGCAUUCCACACAGGAACCAGGCUCACAUUGUUUGAUGGCCACGGACAUUUCCACAGUGGCUGGGAGGGUCGAAAGCUUUUUCCGCUCUUUGUUACAAAUCUUUUUUUUUCCUUCCUUUUUCCAACUUUUCGUUUAAAGAAUACUGCCAGGGCAUUCCAGCACUAAUUCAGGCUGCGCUCCGGAGAGGAGAACAACAGACAGGUGUAAUUGGGUGGGAAAAAAAGCCCACAAUGCUAGUGAAGGUUUUGCUCAUCUGUAACACAAUAGGACUGGCUAAGCUGGCCCGGCACAUCGACCAUCACGGCUACCACGAUGUUCCGAUGCAUGGCUCAAAGGCACAGAGCCAUCAGACCCCCACAGACCCGGAGAGGGCUCUGCUGCAGGAGGAAGAGGGCUCCUGGGAGGCAGCAGGGCACCGGGCAGAUGUGCCAGAAUACUCUGUGAGUAUUGCCUACCCACACCAGGGAGAAAGAGAGCAGCUGGAAGCUGUCAGCCCACCAUCCCAAAACGGGAACUGGUGUUCUGUCACGCAGUCUCGUCUGGUGACAUACAUUGAGGCCUGCAUGAAGGAGAAAUACAUUGUCAACUCCCAGCAGCCCUGCCCAAACGGAGCUCCAGAUUGCCAGAAGAUCAUGUACAGGACAGCCCUGAAGCCAGUCUAUCAAGUGAAACAGAAGGUUCUGAAGUCUUUGCAGUGGAAGUGCUGCCCUGGAUUUAUUGGGAAGGAUUGUGAACAACGCGAUCCUAAUGCCAUUCCAGCACCAAGAAGUCAAACCGAAGGACAGCAAGAAGAAGAGUCCUCAAACCACAUGUCAACACCAGUGGAUUCAAGAGAGCUGUUGGAAGUCAUUCAAAAUCAGGAGGCAUUACUGGAUGAUCUUCAAAGUGAUAUUCAUCAAGCGGUCAGCAACUUAGGUGACUUACAGCGAAUCUUUGAAAACAACGGUACAAGCAUGGUGUUAGAAGUGAACCAGAGCAAUGAAGAUUUUCAGGAAAGGCUUCUGCGGCAAUUUUUGUUUCCCCACAUGGAGAAUUUUCUAAGGAAACAUUUGAACCCAAUGUGGGCGAGCUUCAACAGAAGCUUACAGAAUCUCUCCAACAUAGUAAGAAACCUGUCCCACGAUGUGGAAACCAACAAGAAAAACAUAGAAAGAUUCCAAGAGAGCACUGUGCCUAAAAAAGAGUUCCAGGAGCUGGGAACUAAGUUCGAAUCUAAAGUCCAGGAAAAUGUAGUGAAAGUUGAUCAAAUAAGAAGAGAGAUAGAGAAUCAAUUGCAAAUGCAGCAGGCUAGUAUUGAGCAUAACCUCACCAUAAUUAGGGCAGAUACUGACACAAGGCUGAAGAAGCAUCACAAGAUACAGCAGUCCCAUCACUUAGCUUUGAACAACAACAUGACAAAUAUGAAACACGAGCAAAACAAUCUUGAAAAUAAAUUUGAGACUUUGAAAAAAAAUUUAACAGAACUCUCCUCGCAUCACAGUCCCAAAGAUGAAACUACACAGUUAGCCAUCAGACAAAUAAAUGACAUGCUGGCAGGGCAUGCAAAACAGCUUAAAGACCUCUACAUGGAGUCAGAUGUCGCCUUUCAGAAUAUUGCAGUUCUAGAGAGAUGGUUUAAGGAGUUGAAAAAAAAUGUCUCAAAGUAUAGGCCUGAAGAUGUUUCAAUAACUUUAAUGGAGAAAUCAGUUCUUAUUGAAGAAAAUAAAGCAGCAAUGGAAAGGCAGAUAUCGGAGAUGAAUGAUACUCUCUCAAAUCUUCAGGAAAACUAUUCAGACCUGUUGAGAUAUAUGGAGGAAUGUAAUUGCCAGAAGAUACCUUCUGACACCAAUAUACUUGAGGAAGAUUUAAAGAACAUCACUUAUUCCCUUGAGGGCCAACAAUCAAAGGACAUGAAGCAGUUAGAAUCUGUUUUCAAAGACCUCUUGAGGAAUGAAAUGGAAGAGCUCUCCUCAGCCUUUCCAUUUAUCCAUCAGUCCCUUAACCUGCGUCAAGAAGAAAACAGACAGCUUCAGUUGCAAGUUGCAUCUUUUUCAGAAGACAUAAGCCUCUUGAAGAAGAAAGAUGAAGAAAUUCAUAGACACAUCAAGUACCUCAACAGUUCUUUCGGCUCACUUUUAGAAGAUGCCAUGCGGCACGAAGCUGCACUGGAGGCUUUACUGGGAGAAGAGUUUAUGGAAGUCCUAUUUGAGGAAGAUCCCAGUACCCUAAUAUCAUCAGUAGUUCAGCUGCAGGAAUUUCUGAAAGAGAUCUCAAAUAAACUCCAAAACCAAAAUAUGACUUUAGAAUCUCUUGUAAAGAGAUUCCAUCGCUUGGAGAGAGGACAACAGAAUAAUCACAGUGUUCAUGCAUCUUCAAAGCGUCCCAAACAGGAAACUCAGACACACUCUGCACUGGAUGAAGCUAAUCAGCUCAGCAGUGUAGAACAUAUGGAACCUAAUUAUGAGGCUUCCAAAGACGACUCCUUGCACAGCUCAAUGUAUAAUGACAUAAUGACUCUGAAGAAUGACAUCAAAUAUCUGAGUCUGGCAAUCAAGAGGCACGAAUCCAGAAAUGACAUGAGUAUCUGCUGCAAUCAUACAAUUGCAAAUGUAGUAGAACCACUUAACACUUCUGUGGAAAUUAUCUCAGGAGAUUUAGAAACAAUUAAAGAGAAGCUGGAAAAACAUCUGCUGAUUUUCAAAAAGCUGUUUGGAAGCGAUGAAGGAUUACUUGCCUCAAAUAUAAGUCUGGAUGUUGCAAAGAUUCAGUCAAUGCUUACCAGAAAAGUGAGAAGGCAAGAGAAAGGCCAAGACAAGCAAAGAGACAAAAAAAAGCCUGAGAAGCAGAGAGAAAAUACACAGAUAGUAAGUGGAAGAAAUAGAGUGCAGACUGAACUGCUGGAAAAAGACUCAUCAGUAGCAUUCCAUGUGGGAUUCUCAGACAGAAAGGAUAAAGAAAAAGCUCUGAAAUUUAACGAAACAUACCUCAAUUAUGGAAGCAGCUAUUUUCCUGAACAUGGCUACUUUAAAGCACCGCACAAAGGCGUCUACCUGUUUGUCAUCUCUGUGGAGUUUAGUUCAGGACCAGCACUGGGACAGCUCUCUUUUAGCAGUGGGUACAAAAGAACUCUCUCAAGUAGUCAGAGGAAGACACCAGAUGGAAAUACUGUAACUUCUUUUGCUAUGGCAGAAAUGGAAAAGGGAGAGAAAGUAUGCUUUGAAUUGCUGCAGGGCACUGUCAAGAAACGCAGUCCACCUGGGACAACAAUGAGUGGAUUCCUACUAUUUAAAACUUGAACAGUAACACUGUGUUUUACUGAUAUUUUUUCCAUAGAUGCAAUGGAUCAAUUCACUAUUGCUUCAUCUGUGAUGUACUCAAUCCUACUGCAUGUGUUUAAACAUAGCACUACUCUAGGUUUGUCUUCAUGCUUCUUUUCUGGAAGUGUUUGGCUUUUGAUUAGUUGCUAAUGAGCAGCAGUGUGAUUUUCAAGUGAUGACCUAAUGGUUUGGAUUCCAAACAUAUCAAUGCACAUUCUCAAUUCCUUCCACAGGGAGAACUGCACCUAAUCAGAACAGAUGCUUUGCGGGGCUUUCUUCACUUAAAACUCAUUUCUCUUUUUCUCCUUUCUCAUGAGACCCCAUCUGGAGCACUGCAUUCAGCUCUGGAAACCCUCACAUAAGGAAGACAUGGGUAUCUUGCAGCAUGUCCAGAAGAGGGUCACAGAGGGCUGGAGCACCUCUUGUAUGAAAAAGGCUGAGAGAAAUGGGGUUGAAGAGAAGGCUCUAGGGAGAUGUCAUAGCCAUAUUCCAGUAUCUAAAGGAGGCCUACAGGAAAUGCACAGAGGGACUCUUUAUGAAGGGGUACAGUGGCAGGAUAAGGAGUAAUAGCUUUAAACUAAAAGAAGAUAGAUGUAAACAACAGGAAGAGAUUGUUUACUCAGAGAGUAGUGAGGCACUGGAACAGAUUGCCAGGAGAAUCUGUAGACGCCCCAUCCGCAGCAGUGAGGCUGGAUGGGGCUUUGGGCAAUCUGGUCUAGUAUUUGGCAACCCUGUCCACAACAGGGGGGAUGGAACUAGAUGAUCUUUAAGGUCCCUUCCAACUCAAACCAUUCUAGGAUUCUAUGAAAAAAGAAUCCCUCCUGUGGCAGAUGUCCCCAUCACCGUCAAGGAAAAACAUUUCAGACUAUAUAUUAGCAGUGAUAUUUUUUUUAAAGUGGUUGCUCAAAAGCAAGAAGCCAAGACAAUUUUACUUCUCUGUUCUCUGUGGACCAGGCAGACUGUCUUGAAAACUUCUACAAUUCACUCUAACUCCACAUUUCAGUCUGUAUGUAACACAAACACUAGGGAAAAAAAAAAAAUCAAUCAAUCAAUCAAUCAAAUCCAAUAAGA